GCCCGCUGAGCGCUUUCACCAAUCAGAAGGACGACCAAGAAUGUGCCACUCAAUUGGAAGCGGUACUCAGAAAGGGCGGCUAUAUGCUGUACAUUAUUUUCCCCAUCAACGCGAUACCCAAAUACGGAGCACCGAUAACACAAGCGGACGCCUCCCCAAUGGUGAUGUCAGUCUGCUUGACGGUCAAGUAGGCCAAGUUCUCGUUCGUUGGCUUCGACCCCUUAUAGCAACUUACAUAUGGAAAAAAUCUGCCCCUCUACCUCCGGGACCCAAGCCUCUUCCUAUUGUAGGCAAUGCCUUCGACAUUAACAUUGAGGAACCAUGGUUGACAUAUACAGAAUGGGGCAAGAAGCACGGUGGAAUCGUCUACUCUCGUGUACUUGGAAUUGAUUUCAUUAUCAUUAAUAAUGAAAAAAUCGCGAGGGACCUGGUGGACAAACGCUCUAAGAAUUACUCGGAUCGACCAGUCAUAUCUACUAACAAACUGUUUGGAGUGGAUUUUAACUCGGCCCUUCUCCCGUAUGGUGACAAAUGGCGACUACAUCGACGGAUCUUCCAUCAAGCUUUUCGAGUUGAUACCGCUGCAGUCUAUCGUGAUAUGCAUCUACGCAAAGUUCAGGAUCUUUUGGUCAGCUUACUCGAUGCUCCAGAAGAAUUUGAAUCUCACCUGAAAAGCUUUGCAGCAUCCAUUAUAAUGAAAGCUACAUAUGGAUAUGAUACUGCCCCGCGUCAUGAUCUCUUCGUUGAUCGUGUGGAGGAGCUCAUUAACAUUAUCACAGUCUAUAUAUCACCCGAGCGAGCAGCCAUACUUGGUGCUUUACCCUUUUUACAACGAACUCCUUCGUGGGUACCAGGAGCUGGCUUUAUGCGAACUGCUCAACGUUGUCGAGAGUUGGCUAUUGAAGUGAAAGAUGCACCUUUUGAGUAUGUUAGGAAGGCUAUGGCUGCCGGUACAGCUGUACAAUCCAUGGUUUCUGACUCCCUUAAUCGAAUUGAAGGAGAUGUCAAUUCUGGUGAGGAAGAGCUCGCAUUAAAGGAAGCCGCUGCCACUGCGUUUAUUGGUGGUGCUGAGACCACUUCCUCUGUGAUUUUGACAUUCAUGCUUGCCAUGGUUCUCAAUCCUGAUAUCCAGAAACGCGCACAAGCAGACAUUGAUACUGUCGUUGGUCAAGGACGGCUACCUACUUACGAUGACCGACCACUGUUACCCUAUAUAGAAGCCAUUUAUCGGGAGACGCUGAGAUGGCAUGCUGUGACUCCACUCAGCCUACCCCAUGCUGUCACGGAUGAUGAUAUCUUUGAAGGGCACUUCAUUCCUAAGGGUGCUAUCUUGAUCUUGAAUGUCUGGUCUAUGACUCAAGAUGAGAGCAUCUAUCCAAAUCCAGAGCAAUUUAAGCCAGAGAGAUUUCUCACUGUUGAUGGGAAACCUACACCGGAUUGGAUAAGUCCUGCAUUUGGAUUUGGUCGGCGCAUAUGCCCAGGUCGAUUCCUCGCCGAGUCUUCAGUCUGGACUGCCAUUGUGUCAAUACUGGCUACUUUUGACAUCACAAAGACCAAAGACUCCGAAGGCCAGGAGGUGGAGGUCAAGCCAGAGUUUACGACAGGGUUGGCUAUUCAUCCACGCCCAUUCGCUUGUUCUAUCACCCCACGUUCUGUGGAUAAAGAUAAGCUAGUUCGCGCAGCUAACAAGAACGACUGAACGGUAUAGUACCCGAAACGAAGGAUAAUGUACAUGCGAAACCUUUUAUGUUCCGUAACAAUAAUACGAUCCUGUAUACCACGCAGAUUUUGCGAAUGACCCUGAGU